AUGAAGUACUCCACCGUCUCCCUCAUUGCCUCCGCUCUUUUCACAACUGAAAGAACUUUCAGCUCGUACCUUCCUUCACCAUCCCAGGUCGCCAAGGAUGCUGCCAACGCCAGCACCAUCCAAUGGACCUCCGACGUCAAGGGUAAGGCCUUCGACAGAUUUGUUGUUAUCUGGUUAGAAAACACCGAUUUCGACCAGGCUGCCGAACAACCAGACAUGGCUUGGGUUGCUUCCCAGGGUAUCACCUUGACCAACUACUGGGCUCUCACUCACCCUUCGGAGCCAAACUACAUGGCCUCUAUUGGUGGUGACUACUUCUCCUUGGAUGAUGACAGAUUUAUCAGUUUGCCAAAGAACGUUUCCACGGUUGCUGAAUUGUUGGAUGACAAGGGAGUCUCCUUCGGUACCUACCAAGAACAUCUUCCAUACACCGGUUUCCUCGGUUUCAACUACUCCAACCAGGAAACCUUUGCCAAUGACUACGUCAGAAAGCACAACCCAUUUGCCUUGUACGACUCCUACACCUCUAACUCUACCAGAUUGUCCGUCAUGAAGAACUUCACCGGCUUCGAGAAGGACUUGGCUGACGAGAAGUUGCCACAAUACGUCAUCAUCACUCCAAAUAUGACCAACGAUGCUCACGACACUAACAUCAAGGUUGCAGGUAAGUGGACCAGAGACUUCAUCACCCCAUUGUUGAAGAACGACUACUUCAUGAACAACACCUUGGUGUUGAUCACUUUCGAUGAAAACGAGACCUACGGUGAACAAAACACCGUCUUCUCCAUUUUGUUGGGUGGUGUUAUCCCAGACGACUUAAAGGGUACUACCGACAACACCUUCUACAACCACUACACCCAAAUCGCCUCUGCCGAAGCCAACUGGGACCUUUACCACUUGGGUAGAAACGACGUGACCGCCAACAUCUGGAGCUCUUUGGCCGACGCUGUCGGUGUUACCAACAAGGAAGUUGACACCAGAUUCUUGGUCAACAAUGAAACAUACCACGGUUACUUGUACGACAACAAAAUCGCCCUUCCAGCACCAAACGUCUCUGCAACUAACAUCGUCGGUAACAGCAUCUUGCCAGCCAUCUCCUCUGUGUGGGCUGACGAGUACUCCGCCCAAGUUAAGGCAAACUACUUCACCUCCACCACCACCUUAGUCACUGCUGGAACUUUGACCAACGCUGUCUCCCUCUACGAGGAUACUGCACAGACGUCAAGCUGA